AUGACGAGCAGAGUUGUGGCCAACGGCGAUGGAGAUGCGAGCAUGACACGCUGGCAAUGGUUUCCAAGGCAAAGAAGAAAGGUGAGGGCUCUUGAUGAGGUGGAUGUGGAUUUUGAAGACCCUGAUGGGAUUGAAAUCCCCAACUUUGCCCACCUGAUGAUUGUUCCAUUUUUCUCCCAAGGCGAUCUUCAUGGAAUUGUACAACUUUUCGUUGCCAGGAUGCUUCACUCAUGUGAAAAUGGGUUUUUACUAUUUUCGACAGAUUUUGAACCGUCGAAGCUGAUUUUCUUUCAGGGUUGCGAAGCUUCGGUCCUUAUAGACAGUCAUGGAAACAACAUAGCAGAGAAGGAAGCUCCUCCUAAUCUAAGUCUCCGAGGCUUUGAAAUCAUUGAUGAGAUCAAAGCUGAAUUGGAGAAGAGAUGCCCGGGGAUCGUCUCAUGUGCUGAUAUACUGGCAUUGGCGACACGAGACGGUGUUGCGUUGUCAGGUGGAGCGGCUUAUGGGCUGCCUACUGGGAGAAGAGAUGGGACUGUUUCUUCCAUUACAGAAGCUAUUCUUCCUGAUCCUGCAUCCUCUGUUGAUACUGUUUUAACAGCCUUCCAAUCGAAAAAUCUCAAUUUGAGUGAUCUAGUUACAUUGCUAGGUGCUCACAGCGUCGGAUUCUGUCACUGCCUCUUCUUCAUCGACCGUUUAUACAGCUUCCAAGGCACUGGAUUCCCUGAUCCUGACAUGGACAGUGCCAUGCUCGAUACUUUACAGAAGAAAUGCCCAUUUCCCACCUCACCAAUCGUCAACAUAAGCUCAGAUCCGAAUGUAUUCAUCAAUCAAGAGACCAACACGCCAUUCCUUCUAGACAAUUCGUUCUACCAAGCCGUACUGAAUGGAAGGGCUGUUCUUCAGCUAGACCAAGAACUAGCAUUCACCAGUGUCACAAACGACAUGUUGGUGAGAUUCGCAAACAAUCCGAAGGCUUUUAGACGGAGUUUCUCAAAGGCCAUGAUCAAAUUGGGAAAUGUGGGUGUCUUGAGUGGGCAAGACGGUGAGAUUCGACAGAAUUGCCGGAGAGUAAAUAAGAUUCAUGGUUGAAAAGAUUGUGUAAACUCAUUUUUGUUUCAUUUUCACUGGUUUUUUAUUCUAUGAAUCAAUGUCAUAAAUAGUUCUUAUGUGCUAAUUGAGAAAUGCUGUUGCGAUAUGCAACAUGCUCAAUAAUAUGGCACAUGUGUAUGG